ACACAUACAGACCGUCGCUGAGGAAGGGGGUCUUUGUGUCAGCGUCAUACUAUUCCAUCUCUCAGUGUCUGAAUGAAUCAGUCUUUGCUGUAGGAUGCUGAAAGUGGACAUCAGUGUUUUCAGCUGUUGAUCAUUUUGUCUGCUGGUCAUGGAGACUCAUCGAGGCUGGAUAGUGAUGGCUGGACUAUAGAAGAAGUUUUGUUAUAAAUAUGGAUAACAGGGGCUUUGGAGCGAAAAAGGCCAAAGAGGGCUCCUUUAAGCGUGCCUCAAUUAAACGAACAUCCUCUGGCUCUCAGAAGGCUCAGAGGGCAUGGAUUGAAAGGACAUUUCUAAAAAGAGAGUGCAAUCAUAUAUUCCCCAGCAAAGAGCCCAACAAAUGCUGUUGCGGUCAGCUGGUUAACCAACAUGUGGCUAUUCUUCCCGGUUCCACCAAUAAGAAUGUGGAAGAAGGUCAGGUGGUGCCGAUUGAGCCCCCUCAAGAGAAAUGGUCGGUUGCGAAGCACACACAAGCCAUGCCUACUGAUUCAUAUGGCAUCAUUGAGUUCCAAGGAGGAGGUCAUAUCAACAAGGCCAUGUAUAUCCGUGUGUCCUACGAUACGAAACCGGAUAACCUUCUGCAUUUGAUGGUAAAGGACUGGCAACUAGAGCUGCCCACCCUGCUGAUAUCUGUGCAUGGCGGGCUGCAAAACUUUGACCUGCAGCCCAAACUCAAGCAAGUGUUCGGAAAGGGUCUGAUAAAAGCAGCAGUCACCACUGGGGCCUGGAUCUUCACUGGGGGAGUUAGUACAGGAGUGAUUCGUCAUGUAGGAGACGCAUUAAAGGACCACUCCUCCAAGUCUCGUGGGAAGGUGUGCGCCAUCGGAAUUGCACCAUGGGGUAUCGUGGAAAAUAAAGAGGAUUUGAUCGGACGAGAUGUGACACGACCCUACCAAACCAUGUCCAAUCCCCUCAGCAAACUUUCCGUGCUUAACAACAGCCAUUCUCACUUCAUUCUGGCUGACAACGGCACUCAUGGAAAGUAUGGCGCCGAGGUGCGUCUGCGCAGGCAGCUGGAGAAACACAUCUCUCUGCAGAAGAUCAACACACGUCUGGGUCAGGGGGUCCCUUUGGUGUGUCUGAUUCUCGAAGGCGGGCCGAAUGUAAUCUCCAUUGUGCUGGAGAGUCUGCGAGAGGAUCCUCCUGUGCCUGUGGUGGUGUGUGACGGCAGUGGGCGAGCAUCAGAUAUCAUUUCAUUCGCUCACAAAUACUCAGAGCAGGAUGGGUUGGUUAAUGACAGUGUUAGAGACCAGCUUCUAGUCACCAUACAGAAGACGUUCAACUAUAACCGUAAUCAAGCACAGCAGAUUUAUCUCAUGGUGAUGGAGUGCAUGAAGAAAAGAGAGCUGAUCACAGUCUUUCGCACGGCAUCAGAAGGUCAGCAGGAUAUUGAGAUGGCCAUCUUAACUGCUCUGCUGAAAGGCACAAAUGCCUCAGCUCCAGAUCAGCUGAGUUUGGCUUUGGCCUGGAACCGUGUGGAUAUUGCUCGAAGUCAGAUCUUUGUUCAUGGACAACACUGGCCUCCUGCUGGGUCUCUGCCCACCUCAUCCACAGGUCAGCAGGACAAACCAAAGAGCCCCAUCGCCACCCGUGUCAGCAAAGGUAAACCUGCCAGGGGCAAGAAGGGCAAAGGUGCCAAAUCAAAACCUGAGCCACCGGAGGAGACAGACCCUAGAAAACUAGAGCUGCUGAACUGGGUUAAUUCUCUGGAGCAGGCCAUGAUGGAUGCACUCGUGCUUGACAGAGUGGAUUUUGUGAAGCUCCUUAUUGAAAAUGGCGUCAAUAUCCACCAUUUCCUGACAAUCCCACGGCUUGAAGAGCUUUAUAACACAAGGUUAGGGCCGAUUAACACACUACAUUUUGUGGUCAGAGAUGUAAAAAAGGGAAAUCUCCCGCCAGAUUACCAGAUCACCCUGAUUGACAUUGGACUGGUCCUGGAGUAUCUCAUGGGAGGGGCGUAUCGCUGUAACUACACUAGGAAAAGUUUUCGCACUCUUUAUAAUAAUCUCUAUGGACUAAAACGACCCAAAGCCUUGAAACUUUUGGGUAUGGAGGACGAUGACCCAAGACCUAAAGGCAAAAAAAAGAUGAAGAAGAAGAAAGAGGAGGAGAUCGACAUUGAUGUUGAUGAUCCUGAGGUCAGUCGCUUCCAGUACCCUUUCCACGAGCUAAUGGUGUGGGCAGUGCUGAUGAAGCGGCAGAAGAUGGCGCUGUUUCUCUGGCAGAGGGGCGAGGAGGCCAUGGCCAAAGCUCUGGUGGCCUGCAAACUCUACAAAGCCAUGGCGCACGAGUCCUCACGGAGCGAGCUGGUGGAUGACAUCUCACAGGAUCUUGACAAUAACUCAAAGGAUUUUGGUCAGUUAGCAUAUGAGCUGCUUGAUCAGUCGUACAAGCAUGAUGAACACAUGGCCAUGAAGCUGCUGACGUAUGAGCUGAAGAACUGGAGCAACUCCACCUGUCUGAAGCUUGCUGUAGCUGCCAAACACAGAGACUUCAUAGCUCAUACCUGCUCACAGAUGCUGCUCACUGACAUGUGGAUGGGCUGCCUGCGGGUCGGCAAGAGCAAUGGACUCAAGGUAAUCCUCGGAAUCAUUUUCCCUCCUGCCAUCCUUCUUCUCGACUUCCGAACUGGAGAUGAUCUGUCUUAUCAAAACUCUAAAGACAAAGAGGAGGUUAAAGACAAAGACGACGAUACCAAAUCUACCAAGGAUGGCACAGUGAGCAUGGAUGCAACAUCCAAGAAGGGUGAUGAGGAAGAUGGUAAAAAGAAACAGAAACGACUGCCUGUUGGAAAGAAGAUUUACUAUUUCUUUAACGCUCCAUAUACCAAGUUCUGGUUCAAUACGACUGCAUACCUGGUGUACCUGAUGCUGUAUAACUACAUCAUCCUGGUGAAAAUGGAGAGAUGGCCAUCAUUGCAGGAAUGGAUCGUCAUUUCCUACAUCAUCACUCUUGGACUGGAGAAAGUUAGACAGAUCCUGAUGUCAGAGCCCGGAAAGCUGAAACAGAAGAUAAACGUUUGGCUUGAGGAGUACUGGAACAUCACUGAUCUGGCUGCCAUCACCACCUUCCUCAUGGGCUUGUUGCUGCGCUUGCAGAACGAGCCCUACAUGGGCUAUGGCCGCGUCAUCUACUGCGUGGACAUCAUCUUCUGGUACAUUCGUGUACUCGACAUCUUCGGAGUUAACAAGUAUCUAGGACCGUACGUCAUGAUGAUUGGAAAAAUGAUGAUCGACAUGCUGUAUUUUGUGGUGAUCAUGCUGGUGGUCCUCAUGAGCUUCGGCGUUGCGCGCCAGGCCAUCCUGCACCCGGACGAAGAGCCGACGUGGCGUCUGGCGAGAAACAUUUUCUACAUGCCCUAUUGGAUGAUCUAUGGAGAAGUGUUUGCUGACUCGAUAGACCGUAAGACUAGAAUUCAUAUCUAUGCGAUGGAGAUUAACCCGCCCUGUGGAGAAAACAUGUAUGAUGAAGAUGGAAAAAAGCUUCCUCCGUGUAUACCUGGUGCGUGGCUCACACCUGCCAUCAUGGCCUGUUACCUACUGGUAGCCAACAUCUUACUAGUCAACCUGCUCAUCGCUGUGUUCAAUAACACAUUCUUUGAAGUAAAAUCCAUCUCCAACCAGAUCUGGAAGUUUCAACGCUACCAGCUCAUCAUGACGUUUCACGACAGACCAGUUCUUCCUCCACCACUCAUCAUCUUCAGCCAUAUUUACAUCGUGUUGAAGCGCCUGUGCUGCCGCUGCCGGAAGAAACAAGAAGGAGAGCUGGAUGACAGAGACCACGGCUUGAAGCUGACUCUGAGUGCUGAGGAGCUGAAGAGUCUGUAUGAGUUUGAGGAGCAGAAUGUGGAGGAGUAUUUCAGAGAGAAGGAGGAUGAGGUGCAGUCUUCCAAUGAUGAGCGCAUCCGAAUCACUUCCCAGAGGGUGGAGAAUAUGUCGAUGCGCCUGGAGGAAGUAAAUGAGCGGGAGCACACCAUGAAAGCCUCUCUGCAGACAGUGGACCUGCGCUUGGCUCAGCUCGAGGAGUUCUCCGGCCGCAUGAUGCAUGCGCUGGAGCGACUAGCUGGCAUCGACCGCUGUGAUCUGGUACGCACUCGAUCCGGGAGUUCAAUGGCCGUCGACCAGUCAGGUUUGCUUCGUCGGGGAAGUGUCACCAGUGCUGAUGGGUACAGUUUGUACCGCUGGCACCUGGAUGCCGAAGAACGUGGUGAUGAGGUCAGGGGGCAGGGAACAGAGAGGCGAAGCAGUAUUGGCAUCACUGACCUAAACCCACAACAUGCCUCCUCCUACGGUCCCACAUUGGACGUCUUGCCACUUCGGCAAAGGACACAUUCCAGCUCUAGUGUGGACAUCUUAAUCUCUCCCUGUGAGUCCUUCCCGCCACAAGAUGGAGGCCAGAACCCUCAAUCCCCAACACGCUCCUCUUGUCAGCCCACAAAAGAUGCACGCGCUCUGCUAGAAUCUAGAAUAGACACAGCAGUUUCACAUCCUCUUGAAAGGGCGCAGUCCUUGAGGCAGUACCCGAAUGAAGCUCAAAAUAACUCGCUUUCGCAUGAGAAUAGAUCCCAAAGCGGUACCUUGUAUGUAUCAAUGGCGCAAUCCAAAUUAAGCAGUCCUGGGAACACUUGGGCUUCAGAGCCUUAUGGCCUACAGGAUCAAGCAAACAGAUCCCCAACAUUGGGUCGCUGGCCUCCACGCUUUGAUUACAAAGUUCAUCCCUCCCCGUUCGGCCUUUCACCUAAGACAUCUUCAGAGAAAUUGAGACAGGUGGACGACCAAGAUAAAGAAGAUACUUCUAAAGAGAGCAAGAGGACAAACAGCCAUCAAGCGGGAAGUGAAGAGAAGAACAAAGACGAGGAUGAGAUACAGGCGAAUAACGAAAGCACCAAAACAGAGGAAGUAGACGAUAAGAGAGAGAAGCUGACAGACUCGGAUCGCUUGUAUGUAUCAGAGGACAGGAUGUACCCCGCACUCAGAUCCAAGAGUCUGAACGCUAACCCACGAAAGGUGAAGGCUGCAGGGGACGUCCUGGAUAAACCUCGAGCUGCCAGUAGUGUGAGAGACCUGGCAGAGGCCUUUGAAGUUAACACCAAUGACUACAGACCCUCCAGAGAAAGGAGUGGCACACAGACAUGAUUCUUGUCUAAAAACAGGUCACACUGUGCGAUUUUGACCACAAUUUGUUCAUCUAAGACAAAUUUGAAAAUCCUAAAAGAUUCUUAGACUCCCAGGCCAAAUUCUUGCAGUGUCAGAAAGUUUCAGACACUUUCCUGCAGUGUGACAAUCCUUACGACAAGCAUCAAACCAAGAACCAACGUACAUGCUGAACCUAAUGAUGCAGUCAGCAUGACAACUUCAAAACACCCCAGGGAAAUGGCGAAACUGUUUUUUUGGUUUUAUUGUAGGCUCGUUAUAAGUAAGACUGAUGUUUAUGUUUGCUGUGAUGUAUCAUUUCACAACACAAGUAACUAAAUGUGUCAUGAAUUGAUGACAUUCAAGCUUUUGAAUUUGGGUAGGCAGAAUCCAGGCAGAAAACCCAAAAUAGCACUUGACUUUAAGACAGGGAUGUCCAGACUCUGUCCUGGA